AUGUCCAGAGACCUCGAGUCCAGUUUGUCGAGGGCCCAGCUUUCCUCUCCUUCGUCUUCCUCCCAAGCAUCCUUCUCGUCUUCUUCGGACGACUUGGAGUACGCUCGUCUUCCUCUUGACUACAAGGAUGAGGGGCUGCGAAUUCAGACUCUCGAAGUAGAGGACGACAUCUCUAUCGAAGAUACCUUCAUCGCACCUCGUCCCUUGCCGCCUUGGCUGAGGUAUCCCAAGAGCCUUGCCUUGGCCUUGGUUCCCAGCUUCUUGCACCCUGUGGACCCUGAUGUAACACCAAAGCCUCUCCACCCGUCAGCUUGGCUCGCGUUCUUCGUUGUAUGCCACCACUGGUCCCUCUGCACGCUGACCGGCGAGUUCCUCCACGGCUUCAUGAGUGACGACACUCCUCUCCUUCUCCAGCUCCCGAUCCUUCGUUUGGCUGUUUCUGGACUAUCCAAUGUUUGCAUUUUUUUCGUCAUCUCGGGAUAUGCCUUGAGCUACAAGCCCAUGAAGCUCAUUAAGCAGAAGAAGUCGGCCGAGUUUGCAAUCGCCACUGCUUCAUCCGCUUUCCGUCGGUACAUUCGUCUCUUCCUCCCGACAAUGAUCACGUCCCUUGCCGUCGCUGGCCUGGCCUACUUCAAGCUCUUCGAGCUUGAGCCCAUCCCUGGUCCAGCUGUCUCCAUGUUCAGACCACCAGCACUCGACGGUGCUUGGGAUCAGUUGUUCGCCCCAGCGUUCGAAUUUUUUUUCCUUGUUUGCCUCCUGAUCUACACAAUCCAUUCCUCCUACUGGCAAUUCUUUCUUUUCUUCUCCGGCCUACUUCUCGCUGCCCUUAGAUUCUACGGCAACGAUGAGGAUACCGACAAUGGAAGCAACGACUGCAACUGGGAAACUCUGCCACACCUCACGAGCCCUUCAUUUUGGCGACGCGAGGGACUAAGGGGUUUCCACGCGCCAAUGUCGUUGAUCAGAUCGUCAAGCACUUACGGCAUCUCCAAAAAGUCUCUCCAGGUGGUCUCCUUCAUCGGCGCCUUGUGGGUCUUGUCGUUCCCCGGGGGGGGUGGAAAUGCUGCAGAAACUCCCGGAUUCAGAACCAUUUCCUCAUUGACUCCUGCAUCAUAUGGCGCAGGCGACUAUUUCUGGGUCCCCGUUGCCGCAGUCUGGCUGGUUUCCAGCAUUGACCAGUCGCCAUUCAUUCAGCAGCUUUUCACUGGCCGAAUCAUCCAAUAUCUCGGUCGGAUAUCGUACGCCACCUACCUUGUUCACAACAGCCUGAUUUGGCUGUGGGGCUACCACGCCGUUCAGUUUUUCACUGCCAUUACUGGCAUCCCUCUUGAAGCCAACCUUAGCACUGGCUGGAACUUCGUCGUCUUUCUUUCAACGUGUCUUUACUUACCGGGUGUUGUCUGCGUGGCGGAUUUCGUGCAGAGAUAUGUGGAUGCCAACGCUGUCAAGUUCGCGGCUUGGUUCGAGGGGAAGUUGAUUGAGAAGACACAGUAG